AUGUUUUUCCUUACCCUGGUCUCACGGUGGUUGGCUGCAGUGCCACGCUUCUCAUCCACGGCGACCUACUCAAAAGCUGCACAACAACCACUCCUCCGGCUCAACGCCCACAAUGAGUUCCACAUCGCGAUAUUCGCUGAUCUGCAUUAUGGUGAGGAGGAAGAUGGCUGGGGGAUCAAUCAAGACGUGAACUCCACACGCGUCAUGAAUGAUAUCUUGGGGUUUGAAGAUCCGGAUUUUGUGAUUUUGAAUGGGGAUCUCAUCACCGGCGAGAACACGUUCCUCACGAACUCCACCAAAUAUCUGGAUGUUGUCGUCAAGCCGUUGGUGAAGCACAAUGUGCGAUGGAGUUCCACUUACGGAAACCACGACUCACAAUUCAAUCUCUCCCGCGAAGCACUCUUCAAAGAAGAAGACAAGUACUUCUUGUCUUACACUCAGCAUUCUCCGGUUGGGAUUCCAGGAAUCACGAACUACUACCUACCUCUCUACGCUCAAGAGAAGGAUUGCAACGGUACUCCCAUCGCGAUUCUUUGGUUCUUCGACAGCCAGGGUGGGUCUGAAUUCCAAGCACCCGCGGGCUCACAAAAUAUCCCCAAUUGGGUCGAGCCAUCUAUCGCAGUUUGGUUUCUAGCCGAACAAGCAAUUCUCAAGAAAAAAUGGGGCAAGAGCCUCCCAUCUCUGGCAUUUGUCCAUAUCCCACCGACUGCUUUUUUGACUGUACAAAACAAUCUUCUUGCCAAUGCUGGAGAAGAAUCCAUACAUUUCCCGGGAUUGAAUGAUGAUGUUCCGCUCGCAGCUGAGGGGGAUGGGAUGCAAGAUGUUCCGUUCAUGCAGGCCUUGGUCAACACACCGGGUCUGCAUUCGGUCUAUUCGGGUCACGACCAUGGCGAUGCGUGGUGUGCAAACUGGCCCAAUGUCGCUGGUGUCGUGAACAACGGAAGUACUCCUCACGUGUGCUUCUCCAAACACACAGGAUACGGUGGUUAUGGUAACUGGAACCGUGGAAGUCGGAACUUGAAAUUGAGCUUUGGCAAGGAGAUGGAAGUUGAGACAUGGGUGAGGAUGGAAAACGAGGCAAUCGUGCAGCGAGUCGGACUGAAUGAGACCUAUGGCACUGAUGUCUAUCCAUUAGAGGACGGAGAGAAUUACCCCAUCUAA